GCAAAUUAGAAAGGGAAAAGGUGGUAGCAAAGGCGGGUUCAUGACAUCAGAGGAGCUGACGAAGCUUACAAACUGGAAGAUAAACAUCAACCCCGACGAGUAUGCGUAUGUAUACCCCUAACAAGCUUCGCGCGCUGACGUCCAACCUCAGCAACCGUGAUCAAUUUCGCACCGUACAGCUCGACUUACUGCGUAGCGCCGGUGAUGACAGCUUCAAACAGAAAUCUGAAUUCGCGUUCCGGCAAUGGCAUAACAACUGGAAGAAUAACCCCGUCGACUUCAUGGAAACUCUGGGCUUCAAGGGCAUCGAUGCUUCCACCGCUGCGCUUAUGCUCGCUCUCUUUGAACCAAAAAUAAUUCCUAUAUGCGCGCCGGAGUUAUACCGCUGGCUACAUUGGGAAGAUGAGCCGAAGGGCAAAUCCAAAACUACAGGGUGGCAGCGACGGGUUAGGCACACGUUGAAGGAGUACAAGAGCGUGUGCGCAAAAACACAUAUGCUACAGAAGCGUCUCAAACGCGCGAAUGGCGGCCGCAAUAUUGCCGCGCUACAUAUCUGGAUGGCGGCGUACAUGCUCGCGAGGGAGAAGGUUGACGUGGACGGCGAGAUUGCGGAUAAAGGCACGUGGAGGAGCUUCAUUGAGGGCCUUGAUGAGGAAGACGAUGAUGAGUACAGCACUGACAGCGACGACCACUACGAGUUCUAUGAUCUGGAAGACCAGGUUAUCGAGAAUGGGCCGGAUGGGCCGCCCCUCUACGAUCGGCUGGGCUAUGAGCUGUCGUACGAGAAGAUCGCGGCAGUGAGAGGGAUAGGCGGUCGACGCGUACGUACGGGGCGACCCGGUGAGAACUAGAGAACCUUUUAUGAUGCUGCGUACGAGCGCAUGGAGCAGCGAUUGGAUCGGGAAGAGGAGCGCAAGACAGAGAUAAUGGGUAUGCAUCGUGAUAACGUUUCUGCACUUAGUUUCGAGAUGUGGAACGACCGCGUUGCAAGGGAUUUGGGAAUCCCGUAUCACAAGGUUGAGUUUGAACAUUUUGAGGAGUGGUACGCCAAGGGGUUUAGGCCGA